CUCCACGCCUGGACAAGCACACGCACCCUGCUGCAUACACUGACAGCAGAGGGUGCACUGGCCAGACCGGUGCCACGGGACAGCUGCUGGCCGCUGGCCCAUAGAGGAACACUUGCCAGGUGGAACAGAGGCCAGCUUGGACCCAGAGAAGAGAGAGUGAACACUGCUGGAGCCGGGGAGCCCAGAGGCUCAGAGUCCCGCUGUGGCUGACAGAGAGGAUCAUGCCCAGGAUCCACUGACCCCCAACUGCCAGGAAGUGGUGACAUCACCUGCCAGGAGCCUGCGGCCAUCAUGACAUCACAGUGUGAUGUCAGGUGACUCACAUGGUCCCGGUGACGACUCAGCAACACCUGAGCCAUUCCACCCACCCACCUGGGACUAACCAGCAAGUUAGGGUCUAGUCAGGCAAGGUAAGGGGUCAUCUCUGCUCCCUGGCUUCUAUGGUGUUGCAUGGCCAGGGCUUUUGUGAUAAAAUACAAGUCAUCCCUUUACCUACCUUAUUCCUGGCAGGACUCCUGUAGCUCUCUGGGGUGGAGACCUGGCUCAUGGGAGGGGCAGCAGGCAGGACCAGGCAGGCCUCUGGUCAGCAUCUCUGUGGCCUCUUUCAAGGAAGUGGGGUGGGCUGUGGAAGAAGGAGACCUGGAUCCUCUAGCAUCCCACUGCCUACUCCACAGGCAGUUAUUGUGACCCUGGGGUUACCUGUGAUUUGGGGAAGGGGAACAGAAGAUGGCUGAGGUUGCCACACCCUAUUCCUCUGGCCAUGGGUUGGGGGCAUUUCCAGUCCUUGGCCACUGGCAUCAGACCCUGUUUCCAGUCAAACAAGCUGGCCCAGCAGGUUCCAGGCUGCAGCCUGGAAAAAUCCUCCUUCAGGCCCCAGGAUGAGCUCAGCUGCUCUCUGACCCGGAGACCUGAACCCUAUCCUCACACAGCUGCCUGCAACUCAGGUGUGUGCUGACUAAACAGAACACUGGGAUCUGAGUUCAAACCCACCUUACCUGACCCACCACAGGCAGCCCUUAAGCCCUCAAGGGUCUUGGCUCCCCCUGGCUCUGAGUCUAGUGAUGCUGAACUGUGCCACCUUAGAACUGCCUGCUCCACAUGCAUGACAUAGGCCCAGCCCUGCAGAGUCUACACAUAAAUACUAUGGCCCACUAUGGUGGGCCACUGUGAAUAUCAGCAUGAUGGGGGUCAAUGCAGCUGUCAACACACAGCCUCCAUUUCUGGAACCCCUCUGAGUCACCCAGGCCUGGGGUACCAUGAGAUGCUCGCCCCUGUGAUGAGUGGAGGAGGGCAGGUUGCAAUUUGGGCACAGUGUCCACAGUUGGACAGUGUCCAUCCAUGGGAUCUUCGGAGCUGAUGCUGGGUAAAAGAAAAGGAGAGGCUGAAUUCCUCUCUGGGGUCCCUCACAGUGGUCUCUAUCUUGCAGCUCAGAGCCAUGUCAUCAGGACAGGAGAUGUGGCACACAGCUAUGCCACCCCCCCGCCGGAGCAGCUCCACAGGCACUGUGCCCAGGUCCCCUGCCCCUGUCGGCAGCUCUAGGUCUCCCAGCUCUGCUGGCAGUCCCAGGUCCCCAGGUCUUGCUAGCAGUCCUAGGUCCCCUGGUACACCAGGCUCAGAGAAAGUGGCCUCCCCGUUGGAGUGUUCCAUAUGCUUCUCAGGCUAUGACAACAUUUUCAAGACACCCAAGGAGCUCUCCUGCACCCAUGUCUUCUGCCUGGAGUGUCUGGCCCGGCUGGUGGCUGCCCAGCCAACAGGCCACCCGGGCAGCGGGGUCAUGCCCUGUCCAUUCUGCCGGCAACCCACAGCUGUGCCAGCCGCCGGGGCUCCUGCACUACGCACCAGCCGCCAGCUGCAGGCCAAGAUGCCAGAGCACCUGCGGUGGGAGGAGCCUGUGUGGCUUGAGGGCACCAAGCUGUGCUGCCACCCACAGCCAGCCACACCUGGCCGCGAGGCGCCUGGUUUCGUAUGUAUUGAUGUGGGCCUGAGUAAGCCUGCUGAGCCCACCCCACCUGCACCUGCUCCAGAACCUGCCCCCCGCCGGGGCUGCCUGGCCCGCUGCUGGGCACGCUGUGGGGACUGGCGGCGUGUGGCUCUGGUCUCAGCACUGCUGUUGGUGCUGUUCUGCGUGGUGCUGUGGCCUGUGCAGUGUGCACUCAGGACUGGAAAUCUGCACUGCCUCCCCCGGCCCCCCACAGCCACCGCCACUGCUGAUGUCUUCUCCCUCAGGUCCCUGGCCAGCGAUUAGGGGUCACCAGCCUGGGCUGGGCCAGGUCAUCCCCCCUACCUGAGAACCAGGGUAGGUCCCUGAUCCACUGGGGUCAAGGACACAGCAGCUCUGGAUGUCCCCCAGAGCCCCAGUGAGAACCUACUUGGGCCCCUUACUCACUGAGGCUGGGACCCAAUGAGAUGGACAAAAGAGUCCCCAAAGACUCCAAGAACCCACAGGCUCCCACAGCCCCAGAGACUACCUCUGGCCCCUGUCUCAUAGAUGGGGAAAGGCGUCCAGGAGUCCUCGCUGGGCCUCUGCUCCUCUGAAGACACAGAAUUGCCAAGAAUGGAGGGGCUCACCAGCCCUCCUUCCAUGUGACAUUUCACCAGGGUCUUCCCCAGGCCCCUUUUCCGGGCAGAGCUGUCCCCUUCUGCUGGGUAGAGGCUCUAGGCUUGCACUCUGACCAGGAAUCAGAGUACAGAGGCAGAGCAGUCCCUGUGGCCAAGCCACUGCAGGAACUUCCCAGCCAUUCCUCCCACCCUGGCAAAUGAUACAUUUUAAAAUAAAUUAUUUUAU